GGGGCCUUGAUUGUAUUCACGGUAUAAGUAGUAAAGUCUCUGUUGAUCCUAUUCCCCCGACGUUCUACUGCUAUGUUUGACCCAGCCCAGAAUCUACCGCAACGUCUGCAGGAGCGUAUAGAUGCUUGGGAGCACUCUCCACCCAAACAUCAACAUCAGGUCUAUGGACCCCUCAAUGCAUACCUGUCUCUCAAGUUUGGUCCAGAGCAGUUCUUAGUGAAGCCUCAGGCACUGCUCCGAAAGGAGACAGCUGAGGGACUGAUAGGAUUAGAGGAUUUGGCCGAAGGGGAUGGAGAAGGUGAGGGUGGGGAUGAAAGGGGAGUAACUGAAGAAGAGGACUCGGAGGAGGUGGGAGACGUCUCCUUCGAAUCUGUUGAUUCUCAUGGGGUUGCGGUUACAAAGGAAAAACGCUACCCUGAUUUCAACAUUGAUCAGUACUGGGGAGCGGACACGGACGAGAACCCGCACGCCGACAUAGUUCGAGUUGUGAUCGAGGUUGGAUCAUCCGAACGUGACCGUUGGGCAGUUACCCGCCAAUUGACAGAAUAUGUCGACUGGGUCGGUACCAGGGCCCAUGAGAAGCUUCUGGCUGUUGGUUUGGCAGGCAACAAGGUGAUCAUGUAUUCUAUUAAUGAUGACCGUAUCUCGACUCGCGGUCGGUAUGGUCGCUGGAUGUCCUUAUUUGAUCCUCGGGCCUUGUUUGUUGAAGAGUUGAAUAGAAUCAGACAGAUGAGCAUGAAUGCUGACGGCAAUUGA